AUGAUUUGCCUUAAAGGAAACACACUAUACGAAGACAUAUCAAAUGGAACUGACGAUUCAGGCAUAGUUCAAGGGAAAGUCAAACAAGAAGCAGGGCACAGAGUAAACGUGCAAACACACCACGUUGAACUGGUGAUGACUGAAGAAACUACUGAAGAUGAUGUCCUUGAAAUUGAUGAAGAUGAUCAAAUAGCUCGAGCAAGAGCAAUCACAUUUGAAGAGAAAGGCGGUAUAUAUUACAACAACGCUGAUAAAAUCAAUAAUCAAAAAGUCGCUGUGAACAACUUAACGAAAUACGUGAUCGAGAAAACUGACAUAAUUAUUGAAGAAGAAUUUGAGAAAUUUCCUUAUGGAUUGACAAAACCAUACGCCGUGUCGCAGAAGCACGAACAUAGUCAUCGAAACAGAUAUAAAGGAAUUUAUCCAUACGACGGCACACGGGUCAAGCUCCGUGACUGUGAGACAGAUUACAUUAAUGCUAGUUUCAUAGAUGGGUAUAAUAAACGACAUGCGUACAUUGCAGCCCUAGGUCCAAUGUCAAAGCAGCUCGGGGAUUUCAGUCCAUUUUGGCAGAUGAUCUGGCAAGAGAAAGUUGAAAAAAUUGUCAUGUUGACCAACCUUGUUGAAGAUGGAAAAGACAAAUGCGAGCAAUAUUGGCCACAUCCUGGAACCAGUCAAGACUAUGGAGUGUAUUUUGUUUCCUGUCUAAUCGAGGACGAAUAUGCCGACUAUACGAGGAAGGAAUUCACAAUUUCAAAGGGUCGCGAAACCAGAGAGCUUCAUCACCUUCACUUUACCUGCUGGCCUGACAAAGGUGUGCCGGAGGAUGUGACAGGAAUCGUUGAGUUCAGACAGAGGGUGCUGACCAUACCUGGACAAUUUGACGGUCCUGUUCUCGUUCACUGCAGUGCUGGAAUUGGAAGAACUGGAACAUACAUCGCUCUAGAUAUUUUGACAAGGGAGGGAGAGAGUGAGGGAUCAAUACACAUCCCUGGCUGUGUGAUUAACAUGAGACACGAUAGGGCCAACAUGAUACAGACCACUAACCAGUACGAGUUCUUACAUAAAGCACUCGCCAGUUCACUGAGUGAUAUCAGCAAACCAAUAAGAGGAAAACAUUUUCGCCAGUAUAUGAGGCAAAUGGGGGAUAAAGACUUCAACGGACAGUUUCAGGAGAUGCAAACCGUUUUAGAGAGGCCAUCAGAUAAGGAAAUGCAUGCCGUCGAAAGGAAUAAGAGAAUGAAAGGCAAGAACAGAGCAUUUGCAGACAUACCAGGAGAUCACAACAGGCCUUGUCUGUUCCUUGAUAGAACACCUGGAGCUGCUGGAUAUAUAAAUGCAGUUUACAUCGACAGCUUGAAAGAGAAGGAUCACUUCUUGGUUGUACAAAGUCCUAUGAAAGAAACUGUGACUGACUUUUUGACACUGCUGUUCCAGGAAAAUUGCACCUGUGUCAUAUGUUUUGAACCUUCAACACAAGAACAAAAAAAACAAAAUGUCGGAUUGUAUUAUCCUGCUGUAAACAAGAUUUUGAAACAGGGCAUGUUUCAAGUCAGUUGUACCAAACAAGAAAACCACGGCUAUUGCACAAAAAGACUCCUAACGAUCAAACAUAAUGAAACAAAUGGGCAACCUUCUGAAAGGGAAGUCACUCACUUUUCUUUCAAUGCAUGGGAUUAUACCAAUGACAUCCCGCGUUCAACUAAAGAUUCCCUUGAUCUUAUCAAAAGCGUUGACUCAAACUCAAGAGAAACUUCUAACCGAGGUCCGAUUCUUGUUCACUGUUUAGACGGGGCGGGAAAAAGCGCAUUGUUUUGUGUUGUUUCAAUUCUGGUUGAAAAGAUGGGCAUAAACCAGGAAGUCAGCGUUGUUAACACAAUCAGGAAAGUCAAAUCAAGACGGAAAUUAGCAAUCCCUAACAAGACACAGUUUGAAUUCUGCCAUGAAUGCGUGUUGACCUACGUGAAGUCAUUUGAAUACAGCCAAUAUGCUAAUUUCACUGCUAGAAUAUCAAGUGCAUCAGAUGCUUAAACUAAAUGAAAAACAAUAGAACAAAAGGACAACAGCUUAACUAAGAAUUAAUUCGUAUGGUUACCAAAAUAUGAACAAUUGAGUCAACAGUUUCGGAAAAUGAGGAAAAGCUGAUCAAAUGUUAUUGUUCAAAUGAUUCAUUUAUACAAACGCUUGUCAAUGCUUGUCAAUGCUUGAACAUAACUAGGUUUACCUGCCUGUUGUACCAGUAAAUAGGGGGAUCUGUUCUGUUGAAAAUUCCGAUUGUUUGAUACACAAUGUGUUUCAAUAAGUAUUGAUUUCGCCAAACCAGAUUAAUAUUCGAGCUGUCCCUUUCGGAUUCUAUGACAACUCUUACUGAUAUGUACUGUAAACAAAUUGUCCGGGUUGAAGUACUUAUAUAGUACAAAGUCACCCUUUGAAAACAUAUGAACUGGCAUUUGAAAUAUGUUAAUGAUUUGUGUUAGAUGAUAGUUUGUUUGUAAAUGGUAAUAUUAUGUUGUAAGGUAUGCACUUUUCAUUUAAAAAGAGAACUGUUCUUAUCUAGAUGUAAAACAGGUAGUGAAUGGAUUAAUGCCGGCAGGGAGUACAUGCCAAUAUUUACUAACGCCUUUAUCUGGGCUCGAGAGUUAAGAUUUGUAUCCUUAAUUUUUUACAUUUCUUUUUGAAAAACAUGAUUUUACUGUUACACUGCUGCAAAUUCCUAUUGAUAAGUUUGGGUCUAAAAUCUAAGCUCAUUUGCAACGUCAUAUCUUUAGCAAUGAUACAAGGAGUAGGGAGAAAUUCAUAAUAUGGACCCUUAUUAAUUUAUUCACUCGUAGGUGUAAAAAUGCGUUAUUUAUAAAUUUAUAAAUUGAGCAAUAUAUAUAAUGUAAGUUAGCGAAAUUGAUCUUGCGCACUUACAUUAUGCCAACGCAUCUAUUCUAAUAUCAGAUAGCAUUACGGUUGUGUUGUUACACUUAGAGUAUUACAUUAAAUUAAUAUUUGUUCUUAUCACUACUUAAAAACCUUAUUACUUAAGAUUUUUGAAUGAUGGUUGAUUUAGAUUUGUACUCGAUUCAAAUUAAGCAAAUAAUGGUUAACAUUAAUGUUAUCUUCACAUCAUUGAAUAUGUGCAUAUGUCCAAAAACGGCAUGUAGAUAUUGUUUUUACGUAUGUUUUGUUCAAAUCAAAUGGCCACAUGCAAACAACUAUUAUAAUUAUGUUUCUAAUAUAUACACAUACAUGAAUAAUCUGUAUAUUCCAAAACUUGGGUAUCAUAAAUAAUGGUCUGGACGCAAACAUGUAUUAACAACAGUGUUUGAAUUACAAAUAAGCUUUUCUAUCCAAAGAGCUAAAUGCUGUUACAUAUACAUUUUACUGUUAAAUGGUUGACAUUCUAUUCUUUGAAAUGUUCACA